UCUGAGUGACCUGACUAUCAUGGUAAAAAACAAACUCGAGUUGGUGGAUUUGGAUAAGCAAUUAGAUGUUAUUCUUCAGGCUCAAGAAGUAGCAGCAAAGGCUUUGAAGAAUAACCCAUCUCUGGUGAUUUUAUCCAGAUGCAAGGAAAUUUUAGCAGCAGAAUCCAAGAACCUACUAUUAUUGGAGUAUCAGAUGUAUGUGGGUGAAUCUGUUGAUGAGGAAUGGAAAUCUAAUUCAGCUGAAAGCUUUGAAUUAAUUGGAUCUUUGUUGAAGAAAGUGACGCUAAUGGAGAAAGAAAUCAGUCAAAAACUGGAAGAAACUCCUAUUGAUUCAAUUGCAGUAAACGUUUUCGCUUCAAAACCUUCAAAUCCUCUAGCAACAGAAGAAGGUAAUUAUCGAUCCAGUUUCAAACCCCAAUUUUCAAUUACUGAUAGAGAUCAAGAUGGCAGUUCAAAUCGCAACUGUGAGAAAUCAGUACCGCUUCAUGAAAAUGUUUCUUCUCACAAAGCCGAGUCCAUUUUUUCCUUCCGUGAUGGGUGUCAAGUCAAUCCACUGUUUCUGGAUUACCAAGAGGGUAAGCUUUUCGAUUCCAGAAUCAAUUCAGUUAAUGAUUUUGUUAAAAAGAAUUUCAUCAUAUUGAGCGAGGAGGGUUUCAAACAGGUACUAUUAACCCUAACUCACAGACUAUUAAUGGCUAAGUGUUCUUCCAGUGUUAUGAAUUCUUCCCGUAGCUUAUUCGAUCGUGGAAAAUACAAAUUGAAGUUUGAUUCUAAAUUGAGGUUUCCUGACUGCAUGGGUUUUCAAUUUUUGGAUAGAUUGUGUAGGAAAAUUGUUCAAAAGCUGGUUUAUCACAGUGGGUUUCAAUCAGAUGGGUUUUCUAGUGAUUCAAUUUCUUGUAUGCUAGCGAAUAAUGGUUUUAUUACUACUGCUUGGUAUAUGUUUGAUAACAUGCUUCACUGCGAAGUUAUGAGAAGGUUAUUUGAGGAAAGCAGUUUGAAGCUAUUAACAGGUUGUAUUUUGUCACACACCUAACUCAAAUUACUUCUAUGUGUGAUACUUCAU